AUGCCAAGAUCUCAUCCAAACAAGCGCCAGCGGAUUAGUCGUGCUUGUGACCAGUGUCGUCGCCGUAAAUCCAAAUGCGACGGGGAACAACCAGAGUGUGCGAUCUGCCGCCAGGCUGGCCGGCGAUGUACGUACCAGGACAAUGGUCGACGGCGCGGAUUGCAAACCGGCUACGUCAAAGCCCUUGAGACAGUACUGGGAAUCGUUUUCCAGCAGAUUCCUGACAGUGAAAGCGCGGUUCAAAGCUUUCUUCGUGACCCUCAACAUCACGGCGGCUUUUUCGCCACCGAAUUCGCAGAAAAGUGUACGACGACAUGGCGCAAUUCCAAAGUAGCCAAAGGUGUGGGUCGCCUAUUAGCACCUGAAUCACAAGACGAAAUAUACGACCCUCUUGGUGAUGAUGAUGAUGACCACCAAUGGGAGUCUUGCGAUACACAUAGUCCGGAGCGGGCGACCCUCACCCCAAUGAAUGUCCCGAAUGCUGAUACGGACCCUAUCCUACCUUCUCCUCCACCACAGCCAGCUACAUCCGAUGACAUUUUAAGUUUGCCAUUCCCAGAUGACGUGGCGGAGCUGGUGGACUUCUACUUUGUUCACAUUCAAUGUUGGUUCCCUAUCCUCGACCGACGUGAGAUCCUGAGGACUAUGCACGGUGACACUUCUUCAAAGAAUCAUGACGCAGGCUACCCAUUAGUCCUAUGGGCCAUUAUUGCAUAUGUGCAACUGAUGCGAGAAGGAGCAAGUUUGGAGGCUUGUUCCGAGCUGAAACAUAUAGAAACCUCCAUACGCGUGCGCCUGAUGCUGGAUUUCAACAAUCUAGAAUUGAGCCACGUUCAGACCCUUCUCAUUGUGGCUCUCCUGAAUGUUGGACGUGGAAACCUAAAUCAAGCCUGGGUGCUCAUCGGUCAAGCUAUGAGGGUUGCCGUUACCCUCCCUGAGACGGCAAGAAAACCGAGAUACACGCACGUUUUUCAAGGUUGUGUGUUCCUUGAUAACAUGGUUUCUGCACUUCUCGAAAGGACUCCAUGCCUUUCUUUAGAGGAACAGAGCGAAAGUCAACCCGUCGCGGAGGACGAUCUGGAAGAAUGGGAGACCUGGACAGCUCCUGGUCAAGCCUCGAGCCAAAAAACUACUCAGAAGGGACCAUUGCGAGCCUUAAGCAUGUUUAAUCUGGCCCAUCAACUCAUGCAGUUACUGACCCAAGUCUUAUACUGUCCACCACGACAAGAGGCUAUACAGCAAACUGUCGCCAAGUUAAGGGACUGGCAAGCGAUUCUUUCAACACGCUGCCCAUAUCCAGCGCGCCACUCACCUAACCCUCCAUUGCUGAAUUUACACCUCACGUCGGCCUUUGUGACGUUGUGCUUGGUGAGCAAAUGUCACUUCGAUGAUGUGGCCAUUACCGAAAUGGCACUGCAUGGACUACGAACGUGCCUCGAUUUGCUUGAUCAUUAUAUUGAGAUCACAAGCGAAACAAAAUCCUCUCCACUUCUGUAUUGGUUCUUUUUCCAGGCACAACGAUGCUUACGCACAAGUUGUCUGAUUAGCGGUUGUGGUGAAGAGGAUGUGUUGCAAAAGCGUUGUGGCCAGCUCAUGGGUAAACUGAAAUUGGCCAGUCCCACGCGUUUCAACAGAUCAUAUACAGGUCACACGCGACCAGGCUGGAAUGUAGAGGACAUGGGCCAUCUGUUUCCUGGGAUGCACACCUUGAAUCAUGCAUUUACUUCGCACAUACCGGCUAACAUGACUGGCCAUGCAACUGCCCCCAUCAUCAAUACUACCAGCAUUCGUGAUCCUCCGAGCUACCCGAUCUCGGGGCUCUCUGACACACCUGAAUUGACAGUAGCACCUACCAUUCCUACCCCAAUUUCUCCCAUUCGUCGACAAACGCCGCAUCUACUAGAUGAAACGGGAAACUUUGACGCUUUGUUUGAAGAGAUGAUUGCCUCCAUUACGCCGAUGAGCCACGAACCUACAUUUGCACAUAACUUGGGCUUCCAUGCUGGGAACCUGGUGACAGACUUUGUUGCCGAGCUGCAGCAACCAACGCACGAUUGA